UUGGCUCCUUACUGUACACCUUUCCAGCUCAUAAUUGAAGCAAGUUUGUGCCAUGCACUUCUGAACGGGUAUCUAAAACAAGAUUUUCACUUCACGCCGUAUGCGAUUCACAGUUAUAUCGUCGCUGGCCCCAAAGGUGAGCGAGCACAGCAGACUCAAAUUAUGAUGAAAUGCAAGCAAAGUGACUGCGAUGUGACCGUGAAAGUGGCCAAGAAAAGGAAACUAGAUGUGGUAGCUGACGAGGAUUUUAUAGUGCUGGAAUAA